AUGUUUGCAGCUAGAUUUGAUCCAACUUUCGGGGAUAGAAAGAGAAAGAUAAGUGAGGUUGAGAGUGAGAGUGAGAGCGAAGGUGGACAUGAAGAAUUGGAAGUAGAGAUUGAAGAGGAGAUCAAGGAGGAGAUCAAAAAGGAGAUCAAGGAGGAGAUUAAGAAGGAUACGCAGGACGAGAUCACGGAGGAGACCCAGGACGAGAAAAUGACAGAUGCGUCAACCACGGAUUCAACUAGUUCUGAUGAUAGCGUUCCAGAAGAAGAAAACAAAGGUCAUUCAUCAGUUUUAGAUCGAUUUAAUCGGACUAUGAGACUGCAAGAUAAGAUAGUUGAAGCUGACUUAAGCAAAAUAGAAGAACCAGCAGUUGAGACAAAAGAUGUUGGUCCGAUACCUCAGCCAAAAUUGCCCAGGGACAAGAAAUUAAGAUCCAGAGAGGCGAUAAAUAGGAAUCUUAACUGGUUAACUACACCAGAAUAUCAUAAUACUGAAAGCACAAAGAGAUUUAGCGAUUUGAGCCCGAAGUUGGAUGAGAGAUUGGUGUCCAAUUUGAAAACGGAGUUUGGAAUUGAAGACGCUUUUAGUGUUCAAGUGAGUGUAAUAGAAAACGUCCUCAAUGCUGCCAACAGGAACCGACUUAAUCCUAAACCAUUUGGAGACUAUCUGAUUAAUGCAGCCACUGGUUCAGGAAAAACGUUAGCCUACUUGAUACCUAUAGUUCAGACACUCGAAAAGAGAACAGUUCCCAAACUCAGGUGCAUUAUUUUGGCUCCUACCAAACCGUUGGUGAGUCAGGUGUAUUCAAACUUAUUGAAUCUUAUCAAGGGAUUCAACUUGAAUGUUAUGAUGCUUAAGAAUGAUCAAAGUUUGGCAUCCGAGCAUGAGAGGUACGUGCAGAACAAGCCGGAUAUCUUGGUGAGUGCACCAGGUAGAUUGGUGGAUCAUCUAAUCAACUACAAUAUUGAUCUCAGCCAACUGCGAUUCCUAGUGGUUGAUGAAGCGGAUAGAUUGUUGAAUCAGUCGUUUCAGAAUUGGUGCGAUUUGCUUGUAUCGAAGAUUGAAAAGGACCAGAAGUUAGAUGGAGGAGCAGAUUUUUACAACAGCUUCAGUAUACGAUGCGUAAAGAUGAUUUUGAGUGCUACCUUGACCACAAACUCAGAAAGAUUGUCUCAUUUGAAGUUGUUUAAACCUGAUUUAGUGGUGAUAAACGAUUCCGAAGAGUUGGUCAACGAAUUAUAUCAGCUUCCUCCAAACUUGGAUGAGUAUUAUAUCAGAGUUCCGGAAGCUUUAUCUUUCUACAAGCCUCUUAUAUUGUUACAUCUAUUCAUGAGUCAGGAUGAUUUAAAAACACAUGGAUUAGUAUUCACAAAAUCUAACGAGUCUGCCAUUAGAUUAUCUAGACUUAUGGAACUACUGGUGUCCAGGAAAGUGGUCGGCUCUUCCGACCAAGUGAAUAUUCUUUCUGUGAACUCUUCUAUACGAACUCAGGAAAGACAGAAAGUAUUCAAGAAGUUUGACAAGGAAGGAGGAAUAUUGAUUUCCACGGAUCUUGUCAGUAGAGGAUUAAACUUUGACUCUAUUAAAUUUGUGAUGAAUUACGAUCUUCCCCUUUCUACCAAGGAGUACAUUCAUAGAGUCGGACGUACAGCUAGGGCCAACAAGCCCGGUAAAGCGCUAACGUUUUGUUUUGGAGAGGGUGAGUAUAGGUGGUUCAAGAAGUUGGUGUACUCAGGAGGAGUGAUUAAUAGACAUCAAAAGACAGUUAACGAAAUCAAAUUUGUUAGGAAGGAAGAUAUGACAGGUGAAGGAAUUGAAUUUGCAGUUGAUUUGGACGACAAGCAGAAGAAAGACUACGAAGAGACGUUGAAGAAGUUGGAAAGCGAAGUAUUCCAAAGACACUGA